AGUGGGAGAGGAGACCGCUGCAGUGUGUGCGCUGAAGGGAGCAGAUAUCACUGGAGAGAGAAGAGAGAGAAGAAAAUCAGAUAACAGUGGCUGUUUGAGAAUUGGGAUAAUUGGAAAAAGCUCAUAAAAAAUAUAAUCGAUUACCUGCAUGGUACGGAUUUGAAUAAUAAAAAAAUAUUGAUAUAGGGCCUAUGCUUUUAGAGUAAUCUCCUCACAAUUAUUAUUAAGGAACACUCCGUAUCAUUGGAAUGCGCCCUGCUGCCAUAACGAGGUGCAUCUGAAGCAGCCGAGAGCUUGUUGAUCUCGGCAGUGAAGAUAGGAUUGUGGGGUAAUCAAACCUGCAUUGAAUAUCACAAACAAGAUGGUCCAUGUUUGACGGGACUACUAAAACGAAAACAAAUCUCCAAAAGCCUUCUACAUUUUGGGGACUUUCCUUGGACUAAGGGUAAUGGGAAUUGACGCUUUAAAUAAAAAAGGAUAAGAUUUUUUCCCCCAAGUGCACUUGUUCUUUGGCGAUGAUUGUGCUAUUCCUUUUGCUGUGUAUCACGGAUGGAGUGGUCUCGCAGAUACGCUACUCUGUGCCGGAGGAGGCGGGUCACGGUACGUUCGUGGGGAAUAUCGCCGAGGACCUGGGACUGGACAUGACCAAAAUCGCCUCACGCCGCUUCCAGGUGGUGCCCAGCUCACGGACGCCGUACCUGGAAGUGAACAUGGAGAACGGGAUUCUGUUCAUCAACGAGAACAUCGACCGGGAGCAGAUCUGUAAGCAGAGUGCCAGCUGUCUUUUACACCUUGAAGUGUUUUUGGAGAACCCACUCGAGCUGUUCCGCGUGGAGAUAGAGGUCGUGGAUAUCAAUGACAAUCCGCCCAGCUUCCCCGAAACCGACAUCACCGUAGAGAUCUCGGAGAGCGCUGUCCCCGGUACCCGGUUUCCCCUAGAGAGCGCAUUCGAUCCGGACGUGGGUUCCAAUGCGCUGCGCACAUACGACAUCACCACCAAUAACUACUUCUACCUGGAUGUGCAGACGCAGACCGACGGGAACAAAUUCGCGGAGCUGGUGCUGGAGAAGCCGCUGGACAGGGAGCAGCAGGCGUCCCACAGGUAUGUGCUGACUGCGGUGGACGGGGGGCAGCCGCCACGGACAGGCACUGCUCUGCUGGUGGUCAAAGUGCUGGAUUCUAACGACAACGUGCCCGUGUUUGACCAGCCAGUGUACUCGGUGAGCCUUCAGGAGAACUUACCGGCGGGGACCCUCGUUAUCCAGCUGAACGCCACCGACUUAGACGAGGGGCAGAAUGGGGAGAUAGUGUAUUCAUUCAGCAACCACAUCUCCAGCCGCGUCAAGGACCUGUUCGCCAUAGACGCGCGCACUGGACGCAUCGAGGUGCGCAGUGAGGUAGAUUUUGAGGAGAGCAGUUUAUAUCAAAUAUUCGUUCAGGCGAAAGAUCUCGGACCCAAUGCCGUGGCCGCGCACUGUAAAGUUCUGGUGAAAAUAAUGGACGUAAAUGACAAUGCUCCUGAUAUCACCUUCAGCACAGUGACCGAGUCGGUGAGUGAAAGGGCAGCCCCGGGCACCGUUAUAGCCCUGCUGAGCGUGACUGACAAGGAUGCUGAGGAAAACGGAAAGAUUCACGUUGAAAUCCUCGGUGACGUCCCGUUCAAACUCAAACCCUCCUUUAGGAACUAUUUCACCAUUGUAACAGAUGGGCCCCUAAAUAGAGAGAAUGCUGACACUUAUUCAGUGACUGUAGUUGCCAGGGAUACAGGGACCCCUUCCCUCGCCACCAGUAAAUCAAUCAAAGUGCAAGUGUCGGAUGAAAAUGACAAUGCGCCAACGUUUACGCAGCCCAUAUAUGAUGUGUAUGUUACUGAAAACAAUGUGCCAGGUGCUUAUAUCCACGCUGUGACCGCUCUGGACCCAGACGUUGGACAGAACGCUCUUAUUAGUUACUCCAUAAUGGAGUGUGAUAUUCAGGGUAUGUCUGUGAAGACAUAUGUUUCAAUCAACGAAGAGACGGGCUACCUUUACGCACUCAGAUCAUUCGAUUACGAGCUGUUAAAAGACUUCACUUUCAUGGUUCAGGCGAAAGAUGCAGGUAGCCCUGAGCUCUCCUCGAACGCCACCGUCAAAGUAAUCAUCGUGGACCAGAAUGACAACCCUCCCUCCGUUAUUGCUCCUCUGGGUAAAAAUGGCACCGCGAGAGAGCCUCUGCCCCGCUCCGCCGAGCCUGGCUACCUGGUAACCCGUAUCAUCGCCAUGGACGCAGACGACGGCGAGAACGCACGGCUCUCCUACAGCAUCCAGCGGGGGAACGAGAACGGCAUGUUCCGCAUGGAUUGGAGGACAGGAGAACUGCGCACUGCCCGGCGCGUCUCCACCAAGCGAGACCCAAACCAGAUGUAUGACCUGUUGAUAGAGGUGAGGGACCACGGCCAGCCACCUCUCUCCUCCACCGCCAGUGUGUUCGUGGUGCUUGUGGACAGCGUGGUGGAGGACCACCGGGAGAGGGGCACCGCCAAGUCCAAGGAGACAUCACUGGACCUCACCCUCAUCCUCAUCAUCGCCCUGGGCUCCGUCUCCUUCAUCUUCCUCCUCGCUAUGAUCGUGCUGGCCGUGCGCUGCCAGAAGGACAAAAAGCUCAACAUCUACACGUGCCUCACCAGUGAUUGUUGCCUCGGGUGCGCCACAUGCUGCAGUAGGCAUGCGCGAGCCCGCAAGAAAAAGCUCAGCAAGUCCGAUAUCAUGCUGGUGCAGAGCGCCAACGUCACCGGGGCCGGUACAGCCCAGGUGCCAGUGGAAGAGUCCGGGAGCUUCGGCUCUCACCACCAAAACCAGAACUAUUGCUACCAGGUAUGUCUGACUCCGGAGUCGGCCAAAACCGACCUCAUGUUCCUAAAGCCGUGUAGCCCAUCUAGGAGCACAGACACGGAACACAACCCGUGCGGGGCCAUAGUGACAGGGUACACUGACCAGCAGCCUGACAUCAUAUCAAACGGCAGCAUUUUAUCAAGCGAGGUAAGAGUCCCCUCAUACCUUUAAACUCCAAAUACCCCCAGCAUGUACUUGCUAUCAGUAUAUUAGAUAUAGAUUGUGAUAACUGCAACAUGUGCUUGUCUAAAAGCAUUCUCGCUGCUGCUAUUAGUAUGUGGAUAAAAUAUGAAAUAUAAUCUGCAUUCAGCAUUAUUAGGGAAUUUAGUUUGUGUCCCUAACAUUGAUGCUAACUUUCUGUGUGUUGCAUCACCCAUUGUUUUAGCAGAGUCCCUUACAAAUAUGUUUGUUAUAUUGCAUAACAUAUAAGUCUGCAUAUCCUGCUAUUAAUUUCCGGAACGGCAAUUCAACUCAAAAUUAUGAUUACUAGUUGCUGACUUGCUGCUGUUGGCAGUCCUGAGGGACAUUAUCAUUGGAAUAGUAAUGAUUGCAUGUUUAUGCUCUGCUCAGAAGUGGUUUUGUCGUGCUUUUAAAGUAGGAUGGAUUUGGAAUAAUAGAAUAAUAAAUCAGGAUAAUAUAUUGGUGCCUUGAAGGCUGGUGUUGUGUGUGUGUGUGUGUGAGUGUGUGUGUGUGUGUGUGUGUGUGUGUGUGUGUGUGUGUGUGUGUGUGUGUAUGUGUGUGUGAGUGUGUGAGAGUGCGCGCGUGUGUGGGUGUGUAUGUGUUUUGUGAGUGUAUGUGUGUGUGUGUGUUGUCAUGCGCAAUGACCGUGUCCGUUGUGAGAAUACACACAUUUCGCACACCAGUCACGAUCGUGCUGAGUCGCAGAGGAACAAAUAUCCGUCUAUAGUUGCCCCAGCCUGAAUAGGUGCACCACUUCAUUUUCUCUCUGGUAGUAUAUAUAUGCUGUUCACUAGGAGCUAUAUCAAAAUAUCGAUAUGAAACUAUUCGUUGUUUAACAUCAGCAAUCACUUCAAAUCUAACGUCAAUAUCAAAACGAUCAAUGUCAAAUACCAGAUUUCUUGUUGUUAUUUUGUAUUUAAAAUCUCAUGAAAAAUCCUGUUUUGAUUAUACAAUGCCACCGCGCCCCAAACUCAAAAUGUCUCGUGCUUCUCUUUCAGACCAAACACCAGCGAGCCGAGCUCAGUUACCUGGUGGACAGACCUCGGCGUGUGAACAGGUAACGAGCACGCGCACCUGGUGCCCUGCCAGCUGACUGAGUGACGUGAUUGAGAGUGUUGUUUAAAGUGGCCAUUCAAUGCCAGAGGGGAGAGUCUCUACAAACCACAACCAUGCCAACAUGGCUCAAUACCUAAGACUGGUUAAUUCACUCUCUCUGGUGCUGUCCACCUGUGUAUACACUCUCAAUCUAUUUUGAUGAUAAUUAAUUGCAGGAUAAUGAAUGAUGAUGAUGAUGAAGACGGUGAAAAUAGUGAUUAAUGUUUUAUUCUAACGUACUUUUUAUUUGAAUGUACUUUUGAAUAUAACAAUAGGCCUACCACUAUCUUCAACACUCUAAAGCAUGUUCUCCACUUCCCUGUCCAGUUCGGCUUUCCAAGAAGCGGAUCUCGUUAGCUCUAAAGACAGCGGUCAUGGUGACAGCGAGCAGGGCGACAGUGACCAUGACGCCACCAAUCGAGGUCACUCUACCGGUAAGUCGAGUUUGUUAGAUCUUGGCUGGUUGUGCGGCUUUUUGCUCUCUUAUUUUCUCAUUUAAAGCGCAGCAGAGGGCAAUGACAGUGUUGUACGGCGUGGUAUCUGUCCAUGGUGAUGAUCGAUCGAUCAUGGUGUGUGUCGAGGCCUAUAGUCACUUAUAAGCGUUAAGAAUGUUAGCCGCGCCCGUGGCUGCUGCUUGUCUAUAAUAUCACUCCGCUGUUAUCUUCCGAUUGUGGUGCUGAACGGAAAGCGACUCACUGCACACCGCGCUCUUCCGAAUCUCGGCUGCUUUCAGAGUUCGUGACUGACUAGUCGUGUCAUAGCCUACUCAUUCUCACCAUCUCAAAUAUUGCAAAUGUGAUUAGGAUUUAUGAAAUAUAGCCUUGAGUGUUUUUCUACCAGCAUGUGACAUACAAACUUCUCUCGUUUAGGCUACUGUAAAAAUGGGCUGUUUCUGGUAGGCCUAUAUCCUAGUCGUCGUGUGUUUGUGAACUUGCUCUCUCCUGGCUGUAGUUCAAUCUCUUUAUUGUUUUGAACAUGGGAAAUGUGCUGAGGGACAAUGCUGAACUUAAUCCUGUUGUUAGUAAAUAUGCAGGGUCGUUAAUGAGGGAGGGCCCGCUGCUAAAUCCAUGCUAGAGACCACUUGACGAGUACGUGACGGAAUUUAUAACGAGGACCGGUUGACUUGUCAUUGGUCGGUGCGGUGUGGGAACGGGACCAAACUGGUUGCGGGCGCAAACAAACAAACGAUUCAUUCAUUGACUGGGCGCUGCCUGCCCGCCCCGAGCCCAGCCCCCACCGCCUGACCGCAUUCCUCCGUCCACAUGUCUUUUUAUCUGUUCCACCUAGAGGUUCACAUGGGGUUUUAGAAUUGGGCUUCUGAGCUAUGAAUGUCGUUAUCUCUGCAUUCAUCCGUGCGAUUGCUUUGGUCCAGCCCCGUCUGUCUAUGCCCAUGUUUUUUUGGUCUGCCCUUGGGGGUGAACCCACAGCAUGCGAAAUGAGCCACGUCUAGAAAUAAUAAUGCCACUAUUUUAAGCCUGUGGAUAAACACUGAAGUUUAAAGGGAAGCAUCCUAUUUUAUUUAGCCCACUUUAAUUGUAUGAUGUAUCUAGUUAGCUUGGACUCCUUUAUACAAGUCACUUGUCAGAUGGAACCCCUUUAAUGUUCAACCAAAAGGCAAGUCAUUUAGCUAGGUAGUUUAUAUCAUACUACAUAUUCAAUUUAAGCCAAAUGGCCUAUAUGAUAGGUAGUACAAGCUACUUCUACAUAGAGACUACAGGAGCUAUACUUCCUUUUUCCUAGAAACCUUAUUUCCUUCAUGUAGGGGUGACCAGACUCCUAAUGCUAAGUGAUGACUCUAUGGCAUGGUGUUGAGUGGACUUGCUGUCUUUGCUUUUGACUUUGAGUACCCUUGUAUGGCGAUAGGCUACUGUUGCUUUGUUAUGGAAAUAUCGGGCAACUUAAUGCCUUUAAACAGAUUAAUUGCUGUGCAUGAAGUCUUUGUUUUAUUAGGAUAAUUUAUAGUGUGGCUUAGCAUUCUCUGCUUGCACAAUACUUGCAAAUAACUGGCUGCUGUGCUAUUUGAUAAGUGAUAAUUGAGUUUGUGACAAGCUGAUAUGCCAGAACCUCAGGAUUUUUCUUAAUUUGAUUUUUCGUUUGUAUCAGUUCUAUCUAUUAUUCAAAUUUUUCAUGAACAAUUCCUUAAUUUAAUGAGGUGAGGGUGAACAAUAGGUGAAUUAUAAACCGGGUGGUUCAAACCCUGAAUGCUGAUUGGCUGAAUGACAUGGUAUAUCAGGCCAUAUCUUGCUGCUGUGAUGGCACACUGUGGUAUUUCACCCUCUCUCUCUCUCUCUCUCUCUCUCUCUCUCUCUCUCUCUCUCUCAAUUCAAUUAAAUUAAAUUAAAUUAAAUUAAAUUAAAUUAAAUUCAAUUCAAUUCUCUCUCUCUCUCUCUCUCUCUCUCUCUCUCUCUCUCUCUCUCUCUCUCUCUCUCUCUCUCUCUCUCUCUCUCUCUCUCUCUCUCUCUCUCUUUGUUUGGAUAAGGGACACAGUACUUUCAGGGCAUUUUGAAGUCGGACUGAUAUACUGUAGACUCAUGUUUGUUCUUUAAAAUUGUUUAAGUACUAAGGCCCAGAAAUAAUGUUGGUUUCCAUUUACACCUUUCAGCUUUACUGAGGGCAGGUCAAUUCUUUGCUGAGGACAGGUAAAUUCUUUAAUGAGAGCAGGUCAGUUCUUUACUGAGGGCAGGUCAAUUCUUUACUGAGGGCAGGUCAAUUCUUUACUGAGGACAGGUCAAUUCUUUACUGAGGGCAGGUCAAUUCUUUACUGAGGGCAGGUCAAUUCUUUGCUGAGGGCAGGUCAAUUCUUUACUGAGUACAGGUCAAUUCUUUACUGAGGACAGGUUAAUUCUUUACUGAGGACAGGUCAAUUCUUUACUGAGGGCAGGUCAAUUCUUUACUGAGGGCAGGUCAAUUAUUUGCUGAAGACAGGUCGAUUCUUUACUGAGGGCAGGUCAAUUCUUUACUGAGGGCAGGUGAAUUCUUUACUGAGAGCAGGUGAAUUCUUUGCUGAGGGCAGGUGAAUUCUUUACUGAGAGCAGGUCAAUUUUUUACUGAAGGCAGGUCAAUUAUUUACUGAAGGCAGGUCAAUUCUUUACUGAUGGCAGGUCAAUUCUUUACUGAGAGCAGGUCAAUUCUUUACUGAGGGCAGGUCAAUUAUUUACUGAGGGCAGGUCAAUUCUUUACUGAAGACAGGUAAAUUCUUUACUGGGCAGGUAAAUUCUUUACUGAGGACAGGUAAAUUCUUUACUGAGGGCAGGUCAAUUCUUUACUGAGGACAGGUCAAUUCUUUACUGAGGACAGGUCAAUUCUUUACUGAGGGUAGGUCAGUUCUUUACUGAGUGGGUUUUUACUUUCUUCUUUUUUUCUGAAGAGACACCUAAUAUGCCUCAGGGAACAUCUCAUUUCCUAAAAUGUCAAGAAAUAUCAAGAUGUCUUGAUCUGGCUUUUUAGCGGAGACGUUUUUCUCGGCGUGAGUCUGUGUUUUACUACUUCUCCAGAUUCUAAAUGCCAAAUCCAAAACAGAUUGAUAUUCACAAGCCUCCUCCUGUGAUUAUUGGAUAUGGAAAUAUGUUCAUUAUCCAGGGUCAGAGGUUGUUGUCCCGUUGCUUUGUUGAAUUUUUAAAGAAGUGCAGGUACAGUGGGGGAAAAAAGUAUUUGGUCAGCCACCAAUUGUGCAAGUUCUCCCACUUAAAAAGAUGAGAGAGGCCUGUAAUUUUCAUCAUAGGUACACGUCAACUAUGACAGACAAAUUGAGAAAAAAUAAUCCAGAAAAUCACAUUGUAGGAUUUUUAAUGAAUUUAUUUGCAAAUUAUGGUGGAAAAUUAGUAUUUGGUCACCUACAAACAAGCAAGAUUUCUGGCUCUCACAGACCUGUAACUUCUUCUUUAAGAGGCUCCUCUGUCCUCCACUCGUUACCUGUAUUAAUGGCACCUGUUUGAACUUGUUAUCAGUAUAAAAGACACCUGUCCACAACCUCAAACAGUCACACUCCAAACUCCACUAUGGCCAAGACCAAAGAGCUGUCAAAGGACACCAGAAACAAAAUUGUAGACCUGCACCAGGCUGGGAAGACUGAAUCUGCAAUAGGUAAGCAGCUUGGUUUGAAGAAAUCAACUGUGGGAGCAAUUAUUAGGAAAUGGAAGACAUACAAGACCACUGAUAAUCUCCCUCGAUCUGGGGCUCCACGCAAGAUAUCACCCCAUGGGGUCAAAAUGAUCACAAGAACGGUGAGCAAAAAUCCCAGAACCACACGGGGGGACCUAGUGAAUGACCUGCAGAGAGCUGGGACCAAAGUAACAAAGCCUACCAUCAGUAACACACUACGCCACCAGGGACUCAAAUCCUGCAGUGCCAGACGUGUCCCCCUGCUUAAGCCAGUACAUGUUCAGGCCCGUCUGAAGUUUGCUAGAGUGCAUUUGGAUAAUCCAGAAGAGGAUUGGGAGAAUGUCAUAUGGUCAGAUGAAACCAAAAUAUAACUUUUUGGUAAAAACUCAACUCGUCGUGUUUGGAGGACAAAGAAUGCUGAGUUGCAUCCAAAGAACACCAUACCUACUGUGAAGCAUGGGGGUGUAAACAUCAUGCUUUGGGGCUGUUUUUCUGCAAAGGGACCAGGACGACUGAUCCGUGUAAAGGAAAGAAUGAAUGGGGCCAUGUAUUGUGAGAUUUUGAGUGAAAACCUCCUUCCAUCAGCAAGGGCAUUAAAGAUGAAACGUGGCUGGGUCUUUCAGCAUGACAAUGAUCCCACACACACCGCCCGGGCAACGAAGGAGUGGCUUCGUAAGAAGCAUUUCAAGGUCCUGGAGUGGCCAAGCCAGUCUCCAGAUCUCAACCCCAUAGAACAUCUUUGGAGGGAGUUGAAAGUCCGUGUUGCCCAGCGACAGCCCCAAAACAUCACUGCUCUAGAGGAGAUCUGCAUGGAGGAAUGGGCCAAAAUACCAGAAACAGUGUGUGAAAACCUUGUGAAGACUUACAGAAAACGUUUGACCUGUGUCAUUGCCAACAAAGGGUCCAAAUACUUAUUUUCCACCAUAAUUUGCAAAUAAAUUCAUAAAAAAUCCUACAAUGUGAUUUUCUGGAUUUCUUUUUCUCAUUUUGUCUGUCAUAGUUGACGUGUACCUAUGAUGAAAAUUACAGGCCUCUGUCAUCUUUUUAAGUGGGAGAACUUGCACAAUUGGUGGCUGACUAAAUACUUUUUUCCCCACUGUACCACUUGUUGAAAUGAGUAGAUGUAUGAUCUAUUGAGUCUGUAUUAGUAGAUACAUAAUUCAAUAAUACAAACCUUUUCUCAUUGUUGUGUAUGGGGCCUGUGCUGACACUCAAUGUAAUGGUGUAUUUAUGGAUGUUCGUUAAUAUGUAAUAAGGACCUCACUCGUUAGGAAGCUCGGCAUUUUUCCAAGCUGUUAGCGAGUCAAAUUAAUCCUCUUUGUAACAAAGCAAAUUCCCCCUAUGCUGACCCGUGGAAACACACGCACGCACGAAUGCACGCACGAAUGCACGCACGCACGCACGCACAUACACACACACACACACACACACACACACACACACACACACACACACACACACACACACACACACACACACACACACACACACACACAUACAUACACGCACAUACACACACAUACACACAAACACACACACACACACACACACACAUACACACACACACACAUACUGCAAUCUGAAACCUAAUCAGUCUGUGUACCAUAGGAUUAUCUGAGGAUACAUUUGGUGAGCAGUUUGGGUUUUACUCAGACACACACAACAAAUGACAUAAAACAUGGACUACACCAAAUUUACUUUUAAAUAUUAAGUUAGGCAAUACCCUGGUUUUGCUUACUGCAAAAAUAUUUCUAUCUGAAUUGAAUCAGACACUCAUUUGAUUCGUUUUUUGUUCCACAAUAUGCUAUUCAUGGACUCACUUGCACUUUCAUGAAGAAUGAACUCAGAAUGAACUUCCUCUUUGAAAGAACACUGAAGGACUCAGGUUUACUUGUUUUUGCAAUCAGUCAUUGGUGUUAUUGCAUGGACAGUUUGAAAGGACAUGAGCAGCCAAAGUAAUCCAAUACUUUUGAGCCUGUGGUUUCCAUGAUCUAAUACCUUGGUCACAGGAAGCUCUGAGAGUGUAGUAGUGUGGUGUUAAUGGUUUUAAACACGUCUCUCACUCUGCAUGACCAGUCAUACCUGCUGAGAUAUCACAGAGAGAAACUACCACAGAGGGUCACAGUCAUUGAUUCAAUGAUAUUAGCCUGUUUCUCUAUUUCCCAAUGGCAAAACAAAUAAAGAAAUAAACUCCACACACAACAUAACACAGUGAGGGAAAAAAGUUUUUGACCCCCUGCUGAUUUUGUACGUUUGCCCACUGACAAAGAAAUGAUCAGUCUAUAAUUUUAAUGGUAGGUUUAUUUAAAAAGUGAGAGACAGAAUAACAAUAAAAAAAUCCAGAAAAACGCAUGUCAAAAAUGUUAUAAAUUGAUUUGCAUUUUAAUGAGGGAAAUAAGUAUUUGACCCCUCUACAACACAUGACUUAGUACUUGGUGGCAAAACCCUUGUUGGCAAUCACAGAGGUCAGACGUUUCUUGUAGUUGGCCACCAGGUUUGCACACAUCUCAGGAGGGAUUUUGUCCCACUCCUCUUUGCAGAUCUUCUCCAAGUCAUUAAGGUUUCGAGGCUGACGUUUGGCAACUCAAACCUUCAGCUCCCUCCACAGAUUUUCUAUGGGAUUAAGGUCUGGAGACUGGCUAGGCCACUCCAGGACCUUAAUGUGCUUCUUCUUGAGCCACUCCUUUGUUGCCUUGACCGUGUGUUUUGGGUCAUUGUCAUGCUGGAAUACCCAUCCACGACCCAUUUUCAAUGCCCUGGCUGAGGGAAGGAGGUUCUCACCCAAGAUUUGACGGUACAUGGCCCCAUCCAUCGUCCCUUUGAUGCGGUGAAGUUGUCCUGUCCCCUUAGCAGAAAAACACCCCCAAAGCAUAAUGUUUCCACCUCCAUGUUUGACAGUGGGGAGGGUGUUCUUGGGGUCAUAGGCAGCAUUCUUCCUCCUCCAAACAGAGUGAGUUAAGUUGUUGCCAAAGAGCUCGAUUUUGGUCUCAUCUGACCACAACACUUCUCCUCUGAAUCAUUCAGAUGUUCAUUAGCAAACUUCAGACGGCCCUGUAUAUGUGGUUUCUUGAGCAGGGGGACCUUGCGGGUGCUGCAGGAUUUCAGUCCUUCACGGCGUAGUGUGUUACCAAUUGUUUUCUUGGUGACUAUGGUCCCAGCUGCCUUGAGAUCAUUGACAAGAUCCUCCCGUGUAGUUCUGGGCUGAUUCCUCACCAUUCUCAUGAUCAUUUCAACUCCACGAGGUGAGAUCUUGUAUGGAGCCCCAGGCCGAGGGAGAUUGACAGUUCUUUUGUGUUUCUUCCAUUUGCGAAAAAUCGCACCAACUGUUGUCACCUUCUUACCAAGCUGCUUGCCGAUGGUCAUGUAACCCAUUCCAGCCUUGUGUAGGUCUACAAUCUUGUCCCUGACAUCCUUGGAGAGCUCUUUGGUCUUGGCCAAGGUGGAGAGUUUGGAAUCUGAUUGAUUGAUUGCUUCUGUGGACAGGUGUCUUUUAUAGAGUUAACAAACUGAGAUUAGGAGCACUCCCUUUAAGAGUGUGCUCCUAAUCUCAGCUCGUUACCUGUAUAAAAGACACCUGGGAGACAGAAAUAUUUCUGAUUGAGAGGGGGUCAAAUACUUAUUUCCCUCUUUAAAAUGCAAAUCAAUUUAUAACAUUUUUACAUGCGUUUUUCUGGAUUUUUUUGUUGUUAUUCUGUCUCUCACUGUUCAAGUAAACCUACCAUUAAAAUUAUAGACUGAUCAUUUCUUUGUCAGUGGGCAAACAUACAAAAUCAGCAGGGGAUCAAAUACUUUUUUCCCUCACUGUACAUGAAUACACAUCCCUCUUUAACUAUGGUGAAUUAUAUAGUUUCAAGUUUUAGUAGUCAUAUGUACAGGAUACACAUGGUAUACACCGUCCAACUAAAUGCUUACUUGCAGGUUCCUUCUCGACAAUGCAACAACAAUAAGAAACAAUGAAAGAUAAGAAUAGUAAGUAAAUGGCUCAGUAGAAUAGAAUAAACAAUUUAGCAUAAGUAUAAUACAGGAAGGCAUAAUUUAUAGUACAAUAUUUACAUGUGUUUUGGGGAAGGGGGGAUUAGGGGGCAAGUGUUUAAACUGUGCAGUAUUUAGCAAUCCUAACAAGAGCCUGGUAGCAGCAGUUGUGAUGUGUGUGUAGUAUGAAUGUAUAUGUGUGUGUGUGUAUGUGUGUGUGUGUGUGUGUGUGUGUGUGUGUGUGUGUGUGUGUGUGUGUGUGUGUGUGUGUGUGUGUGUGGAAGUGUGUAUGUCUGUGUGGGUGUGUGUGAGUGAGUGCAUGUGUGCUAAGGUGCAGAGAAUCAGAGCAGGUGGUCAGUCCAGUUCAAGUGUUCAGCAGUCUGAUGGCUUGUAGAUAGAAACUGUCUCUGAGCCUGUUGGUAUCAGACUUCAUGCUCCGAUACCGUCAGCCCGACGGUAACGGAGUGAACAGCUCGUGGAUGGGGUGUGUGGGGGUCCUUGAUGAUGCUGUGGGCCUUCCUCAGGCACCGUUUCGAGAAAAUCCUGGAUGGGUGGGAGCAUGGGCCAUCUUCACCACCCGCUGGAGGGCCUUGCAGUCAUGGACGGACUAAUUCCCGUACCAGGCCGUGAUGCAACCGGUCGGGACGCUCUCAAUGGUGCAGUGGAAGUAUUUGGAGAGGACACGGGUUGGCAUCCCAAAUUUAUUCUGCUACUGUUUUGCACUCUUGACAAGAGGGCACAAGGAAUUUAAAACUACUGACUCUCUCUACUACCGUUGAUGUGGAUUGGGGUAUGUUCGCUCCUCUGCUUUUUGAAGUCAACAAUCAACUCUUUUGUUUUGCUGACUUUCACUUACCUCCUCCCUAUAGGCUGACAAGAUCGUUGUUGGUUAUCAGGCCUACAACUGUGGUGUCGUCAGCAAGCUUGAUGAUCGACUUGGUGUCAUGCAAAUGUAUUUUAGCAAUCUUGGUUGGUUUUCACAAAGGGCUGUUUUUAUUUGAAUCUCUCCUUAGUUUAUCGGUAGAAAGAUGAGGUAGAACAAGGAAGACGAUAACCUCAUGACCUUUCCCUGUGCAUGCUGGGCUUUCUAGUAGAGUGUUUACUGUUCUGUGAGGCUGAGAGUUUAUCUCUCCACGUAUGCUGCUGUUUCUGCAGAUGGGGGCUGGCUUUGAUCUUUUAUGGUGAAAAAGAGAACCCUGCAAUGAGGAAUCAGAGAUCUGAGUCUACACGUGCACGCGCACACGUACACACACAGCAGCAGCUUUGUGUGUAUUUGUGUUUGUGAGUGAGUGUGUGUGUGCUCUUGUUUCCCCUGCUUCCUUUUUGUCUUGUUUCAAGAUUCAUUGAUUAUUACCUUUAUGACCACUAACUGUCUCCUCUCUCCCUCCAUCUCUCCUCCCUCAUUCCCCUCCCCAGGCGCUGAUCUCUUCUCUAACUGCACGGAGGAGUGCAAGGCUCUGGGCCACUCCGACCGCUGCUGGAUGCCUUCCUUCGUGCCCUCCGACGGGCGCCAGGCAGCAGACUACCGCAGCAACCUGCACGUGCCAGGCAUGGACUCCGUGCCCGACACUGAGGUAUUUGAAAGCCAAGAGCAAACGGGCGAUAAGUCAUUCUCCACCUUUGGCAAAGAGACCCCCCUCAGCCACCUCCACCAAAACCACCUCCACCUCAGCCACCACCAUGCCACCCACGCCAACCAAGCCACGUUAGAGAGGAAAGCGUUUGAGGCACUUCUGUCUAGCACGAGAGCGCCUUACAAACCUGCCUAUUUGAGUGAGUAUCCGCUUUGCACGGCAGCUCUGUAG